AUGCGGGACAUCCGCUACAAAUGGAACGAGGGGCCCAAUUCGGUGGGCGUGUCCAGCGAGGUGUCCCUGCCGCAAUUCAAGGUGCUUGGCCAUCGGCAACGGGCUAUGGAGAUCUCACUAACGACAGGAAACUAUUCAAGAUUGGCUUGUGAGAUCCAAUUCGUGCGUUCCAUGGGAUAUUAUUUGAUCCAAAUUUAUAUACCAUCUGGUCUCAUUGUCAUCAUAUCAUGGGUAUCGUUUUGGUUGAAUCGGAAUGCGACUCCCGCCCGUGUAGCGUUAGGUGUGACCACUGUUCUGACGAUGACCACACUCAUGUCCUCUACAAAUGCUGCUCUACCGAAGAUAUCGUACGUGAAAUCUAUUGAUGUGUACUUGGGCACUUGCUUCGUAAUGGUCUUCGCCAGUCUAUUAGAAUAUGCCACUGUCGGUUACAUGGCGAAACGGAUACAGAUGAGAAAGCAGAGGUUUAUGACGAUUCAAAAGAUUGCAUCGGAGAAGAAAAUGCCAGUGGAUUGUCCGCCAGUUGAUUCUCACACUUUAUCAAAGAUGAAUACACUUGGGAGGUGCCCACCAGGUCGACCAUCGGAAGUAAGAUUCAAAGUGCAUGAUCCUAAAGUACAUUCAAAAGGCGGCAUAUUGGAAAACACUAUAAACGGCGGAAGAAAUGCAGAUGACGAAUCAGUACCUAACCCACAGCUGUUACCACCGGGCAAGGACAUCAGCAAGCUCCUCGGCAUGACACCGUCGGACAUCGACAAGUAUUCGCGCAUAGUGUUUCCCGUCUGCUUUGUCUGCUUCAAUCUCAUGUACUGGAUCAUCUACUUACACGUCUCUGACGUCGUUGCUGACGAUCUGGUUCUUCUGGAAGAGGAUAAAUAG